AUGGAUCCGGCCAAGGUGCAGGCCAUUCAUGACUGGCCGGCUCCGCGCUCCGCCGUUCAUGGCUUCCUCGGGCUCGCGGGGUACUACCGCAAGUUCGUGCAUAACUAUGGCACGGUGGCCGCGCCCCUGACGGCGCUUCUCAAGAAGGAUGGCUUCUCGUGGGACGACGCAGCUGCCACGGCAUUCUCAGCACUCAAGGCGGCGGUCACGUCGGGCCCCAUCCUCGCCAUGCCCGACUUCGCCAAGCUAUUCGUCGUGGAGUGCAACGCGUCGAGGUUCGGCUUUGGGGCCGUUCUCGUCCAGGAGGGACACCCGGUGGCCGGAGGCCAGUGGCACCACGUCACCGCGCCCUGGCCGCCUAUGAGCGCGAGCUCAUUGGCCUUGUUCAGGCACUGGAGGCCCUACCUAUGGGGGCGCCGCUUCCUCGUCAAGACGGACCACUACAGUCUGAAAUACCUCCUCGACCAGCGCCUCGCCACGAUACCGCAACAGCACUGGGUCGGCAAGCUCUUGGGCUUCGACUUCACAGUGGAGUACCGCUCGGGCGAAACAAACGCCGUCGCCGCGCUCUAUCCCGCUGCGACAACAAGGGCGAGCUGCUGGCCACCUCGGCGCCCCGGUUCGACUUCAUCGAACGCCUCCGCCACGCCCAGGCCACUGAUCCAGCGCUGGUCGCCAUCCACGAUGAGCUCCGUGCGGGCUCCCGCGCCGCACCGUGGACCAUCACCGAUGGCAUGGUCGCCAUGGAGGGCGGCCUCUACAUACCACCAGCAUCGCCACUCCUUGGUCGCGGUCCACGACGACGACCAUGAAGGAAUUUGUGAAGGCGCCACAUACCAGAAGUACAAGUCGGACCACUUGAGGCCGGCCGGUCUGCUGCAGCCGCUGCCAAUCCUUUCCAGCGUUUGGGCCGACAUCGGCAUCGACUUCGUUGAGGCGCUACCCCGAGUGCAGGGCAAGACGGUCAUCCUCUCCGUCGUCGACCGCUUCAGCAAGUACUGCCACUUCAUCCCGCUGGCGCACCCCUACACCGCCCAGACCGUCACCCAAGCUUUUGGCGACAUCGUCUGCCUUCAUUGUGUUCCGCAGUCCAUUGUCUCGGACCGCAACCCGAUGUUCACGUCCGCGUUCUGGACCGAGCUCAUGCGCCUCACCGGCACCAAGCUCUUCAUGUCGUCGGCUUUUCACCCGCAAAUGGAUGGCCAGACGGAGGCCGCCAACAGGGUGAUCAUCAUGUACCUCCGCUGCUUCACCGGCGACCGUCCUCGGCAGUGGCUCCGUUGGCUCCUGUGGGCCGAGUACACCUACAACACCACCUUCCAAUCGUCGCUCUGGGAGACACCGUUCCGCGUGGUCUAUGGCCGCAACCCGGCGACCAUCCGCUCUUAUGAGCCCGGCGAGACGCGCGUUGCUGCUGUUGCCCAGGAGAUGGAGGACCACGCAGCCUUCCUCGACAACGUCCGCUAUCGCCUCGAACAGGCACAGGCAGUCUAG